UCGUCGUCAUCAUCAUCAUUAUCAUCAUCAUCAUCAUCAUCAUCUUCAUCCUCAUCCUCAUCCUCAUCCUGGCCGCUCGAACAUCACGCCCGAAAGAAAAACCCAAUUCAUCAGAGCUCGAAAAAAUACCCAUUCCCAUCGAGCCAAAUCGAAUCGCAUCAUUUUCGUCUCAUCAUCGCCGCGUCCCGGACGAAGGAAACGAGCUGUUCCCCUCGAAAGCGACGAAAGGACGAAGGAACGUAUCCAUGCCGAAACGACAGGUUACUUCCUCCGAGAGGCGAAGGUGCGCGCACCACCUUCGUUCUCGAGGUCCUCUGUUCGAUUCCUACUCCUCCAGGUCCGCUGAUAUCAUCCUACCCACAACGAUCGCCACCACCGUCGCCUCGCUCCGCGUACCACCACCACCGGUUACCUUUUGUCCACCACCACUUGGCCCGGCUACCACCUCCUUGUUCGCAGGCAGCGCGGGGCACCUCGCCAUGUGACUGAUUCCCCUUCUCCGCAGGUUGACGAGCGGUGGGCCUGCCUACCUGCCGCCCGUUGCCCCGCUCCCAUUACGACGCGGACUCUCGCGGCAGGUGCACCAACCUAAGUGCCACUCCGCUUACCUGUGUGUCGUGCCUACCAAGCCAGCGUGUCCGGUGGUCAGGUUCUUCCCUCUCUUUCUCUCUCCCUCCCUCUCCCUUUCUCUUUCUCUCUCUUUCCUUCUCUCUUUCUUUCCUCUCUCUCUCUUUCUCUCUUUCUCUCUCUCUCUCUCUCCUUCUCUCUUUCUCUCUCUCUCUCUCUCUCUCACCCUUUCUCUCCCGCGUGUGUCUCCUCUUUCUCACCCCCUACCAAGCUUCGUCCUUCUCCCUCUGUCUUCCUCUGUCCCCUUCGACGUCGCCUCACGCAGCAGUGCGGUGUUGUAGUGUCGUGUCAUCCUGCGCUACGUCAACGAUCCUCCCGAACGUGUGUCGAGGCAACGAUCGAUCGAUCGCGUAUCCUCUCUUUGACUGUCCGUCGCUACCUGGCGCGCCCGUAUAUAUAAAAUAUCUUCCCUCACCAAUAUAUAUCCUCCGCCACGAGAAGUUCUAGUUACGUCCUUAGUGCGCCUUAUCCUCUUGGUUGGGAAACGUACUCGGCCGUUUUUCUCUCCACCUCUGCCUUGCACUUACUUGCGGUCGAGACCACGUUGUUACGUUGUCGUGUGGUGGCUGUUCGUCGUUCGCGCUCAAGUCUCAAGUCUCGGGGAAAGGAAAAGAAGGGAACGGAAGAAAAAACUUGAAAAAAAAGAAAAAAGAAAAGAAAAGAAAGAAAAAAAGAAAGAAAGGGUAAAAGAAAAAAGAAACAGAAAAAGAAGAGAAAAGGAAAGGAAGAUCUCGUUUCACGAGUCCGAGGCUCGGACUCGAGGUUUCCGCGUGUGUAAACAAUCGUGUGGAAACAACGAUCGGGCGAAGGCGAGGAGGAGCAGAGCGCGUAUUCGAGAGGUGUUCGCCACGCGACAGCAUAGACCAGUUGGCCGCCGCGUCAGUCGAGGAUCGGACGACGAUCGUCGACGAUCGCCGCGCCGAGUUUUACACUCAGAGUUUCCUUUUUUUUUUUUUUUUUUUUUUACCGUCGCGAUCGUCGCGAGUGCCAGUGCCGCAGUUUGGGUAUCGAAACUCCUCGAGUCCACGAGGAUCAGUGACGCGACGCACGAGGGAGCACUACUAGAGACCCUGGCAAGGAGGGACACCCGGUGAACGUGUCAAAACGUCCGCCGCCGCGACUCCUCCAUUGACAUUUCCGUGACAUUUAGUGCGCGACCGCGCGCCAGCCUUGCGAUUCGAGGCGACGAGCCUCGUCUUUUUCGUCGUAACACGCGUCACCAGAAACGGAGAGAGAGAGAAAGAGAGAAAGAGAGAGAAAGAGAGAUCCUUGGACACGGUCUGAAGCCCACACAGUGUUCGGAAAAGUCGCCAGGUUAAACAGUUACGUUACGUUUCUUCUUUUUUUUUUUUCAACGUAAUAAUCUCAUCGAUGACGAAUCCUCUUCCGCGCUUUAUUAUCGACACGCGCGUCUUAUCCGUGUUUAUUGUCAUCCACCGUUUGGAACCGGCCACUGGACGCGCGAUUCGUAGAUAAAAGAAAAAAGAAGAAAAAAAAAUAAUAAACGCCCUCUCGACCAUCUUUCUUCGAGCUUUCACCUCCACCUGGUCGAGGAGUGAUCGUUACUCUCAUGAUCGCGAGCUCGCUGCGUUCGCGCGUGAUCAAGAUCUGACGUUCAACAGGUGGUUCGGUAUAUUGUAUUCGGUUUUGGUGGACGAGUUGGGGGUAGGUGGUUGGUUUCACCGAUCGAGCUGUAUAUAUACAGAAGAUAUAUACAGUUUGUGAAGAAGGUUUCGUUCGACCGGAGGGAGUCGAGGGGGUUGAUUGUUCGCCGGAAGGGAAGUUGGCCGGGUUCCGAAUCAAACUGGACAUACUCACCGCCACGUCGGGACGUACGGAGUGGAGAUGUCCGCGGGUCGCUGAGAGAAUGAGGGAGUUGGACACCGAGAGCCCUGUUGUCUGGCCGGCCUGGUGUUACACUGGUGAGGUAUCAGGUGAGAACGUGUCCGCGGGUUCUGGACCACGUAGCGGCGAUCGUGGAGAGGGGACUGAUUUAGGUACACACACGGAAAAUAACGACGGGGCCACCCUGGCCGCGAACACAGCGGUCGACGCGAGGGGCGGAAGCCCCCAGGGUGCCCACCUUUCCGGUGCGGCCACCCCCAGACCGCUAAGGGGUAGGAGACGACAAAACCAGAAUGGUCUCGACACCACUCAAGUUAAAACAGAACGGCUCACGCCAGACAAUAAUUCAACGUCGUCGAGGAGCGUGACGCCCUCAUCGUCCAGCCAUCCAGGAACGCCACCAAAUGCUACCCCUUUGGGUGGACCCGAGGGCCCACCACCACCCCAUCACCUCAAACACAUGGAGCAGAUGAUGGGUCGGAAUUAUAGCGAUUUCAUGAGAAGUCUCGCUGCCAAGUACAAUAACGCCAAUCCUAAUGACUACUUCAGUUCGCCCAGAAACGGCUAUCCUCCAGGCCUAGAUCCAAGGUUUCCGGCAUUCAAAACUGCCGCCACACCCUUCGUCGGUUUGAUGGCGCCGUUGGGUGCGCCACAACCGUCAACCGUGUCCACCACCUCCCCUCUAUCUAAUAAAGAUCCAAAAGAGCAGAAGCAGGACAGUCUGUUCGGUAAUCCCGUGUUCCCACCGAUGCUGGACAUGUCGUCGACGCAAGCACUUUUGCAUAUGGUGAGGACUGCGAAUGCUGCACAAAAUGCUGCAGAAUUGGAAACGUAUCUCAAAGGUGCGAACAAAAGAGACACGGGAGUGACGAGUCCUUUGGAUCUGUCGAGUCCAGGUGGAUUCGCACCCCGGAAGAGGCAGAGGGCGGAAACGAGGAGAUCGGGAAGCGUGUCUCCGAAACCGAAGCCAACUCCUCGACCGACCACACCACCUCCAGUCAGAUGCCCAUCCCUGUGUGGCCACAUGCCAUGUGGCGAUGGGCAAGCUGUCAAUCGAUGGACCAUCGAGGACGUCGUCAAUUACGUGUCGUCGAUCGAUAUUUGCGCAGAGUAUGCACAGAAUUUCCGCGAGCACCGGAUCGAUGGAGCAGCGUUGCCCCUUCUCUCGGAGGACCACCUGACCGGCCCAAUGGGAAUGAAGCUGGGCCCAGCCCUGAAGCUUCGCGCCCUCCUCGCCCGGAAACUGGGCGCGUGCACGGUCUGUUUGCACUGCGCUCACUGCCACCAGACGCCCCUGCCAGCCCUGAACGCGGCCGCGGCCGCCGCUGCCGCGUCGCAACAGCAACACCAGCAGCAACCGCAGCAGCAACAGUUGCCUGGAAGGCGGCCAAGCAGCACGGGGAACUGACAAACAAUGGCGGAGACUCCUCUGGGCCCGGAGGGCGCUGUGGCGCCCUCCCAGGACCCGAACAGGGCCCUAAGGAUAGAACGGCGCGUGUCACGCCCGAUACGCAAGCCGGAAGUGGUGUUCAAGAAGCCCAUCAAACAGUGACGCGGAUCACGCGACAGCAUGAUGCUUUGCUGUUUGUACACGUGACGCUGUGGAGUUACGCUGUGGAGGCUCCGCCUGUGUGUUGUCCAUCGAGUGUUCGUUCAUUAGGGGAGGGGAGGGGAGGGGAAGGGGGCGGGGGAAGGGAAGGGAGGGACGUUCGACGACGAUCAAGAGUUUCGUUGUAUUGAUACGAUUAAUCAAGUGUACCUGGAGAUAAAUGACUUAUUAUUUUUGUCCUCGAUGCAGAAUUUGCCUGCAUGUUGUACUUACGUUGUACUUGUGUUACACGGCUGGAUCGAUUCGUGUGAAAUAAUAGGUGUGUGCGAGGGAGAUGAGAAUAGGCGGUUCUUUGAGAAGGAGGAUGAUUGAGGGGGAGGGGGGAAGUUUUUGGACAUUGCGUUUUCGGAUGGAAAAAUAUACGAAGGAUUUCGAGUUUCGAUCGAGUUGAACUUGGGGAGUUUGAAGCGUGGAUAAGAAGUUGUAGUAUCUUUUCUUUGUUUCUUAUUGCUGCGUUCAUUUCAUUCUGUUUCUGCAAUUAGUUCUCUGUAAUUUGAAUCGAUUUGGAAUAAGUACUUUUUCAUUUUAUUAGUCGAUUCGAUACAAAUUUAUCAUGCAUCCUCUUCAUCUCAUUCCAUAAAUCGACAUACGAACUUCUUAUCCACAAUUGAUAUCGUCCAAAAGUUCGGCUCGAAAAUCGAUCGAACUUGAAACAAUGUUUUAUCAUCGUUACGUCGUUCGAUCGAUAAUUUUAUCAUUAUUAUUGUCUUUCGUUAAGAAGAAACGAAGCUAGGGAUGAUACUCGAUGCCCGAAACUCGGAGAAGAAUUUGGGCAGCCCGAUCAUAAAAUUUAUUUGAGAAAAGAGAAAGCCCCUUCCCCUCCUCUCCCCCCUUCCAAAGGUACAAUUCUCGAUACUUUCUAGUUCGUUAUUUUUUUUUACAAGUCGUUAAGAGACUUGUACCAACUGGCCGGGCUUUCACGAGUUCUCCUCGCCUAGCAGGAAGUGGAGGGUGACUAACAAGUGUUAACGUUCUCGCGUUUAUAAAUUAGGAAUAGACACGCGAUGAGCACAAAGAAGCUGACGCUGCGUGAUAAUCAAAUUAAUUGGGAUGGCAAUUAGCGAUUAGAACGCCUUGUUUGCGUGCUUAUUCAAAUUACACUUCGAUAAAAGAGGAAAGGAAAAAAAAAAAAAGGAAAAGAAAAAAAAAAUCAGCAACCGGAAGCUACGUGUUCGAUCCUUCGUAAGCAAUUAGCGUGUCAAGGCACAACAUCGGUUUCACGCGAUAUUAACGGCCUUGAAUUUUCUUCAGGAAUGUCUUCCUUGGCGAAGGAAAUUAACGUUUUAGAAUAAUUACCGCGC